UUGCAAGAAAUAACUGCAAACCGGAAGGGCGAAAAGGGGAGAUCAAUAGGGGGGCAACGGAAACGAGCUCCACGCACAACACCACACCACACCGCGCUCCUCUGACGAGACGAGGCGGCAACAGACCACCAUACCCGCCGGCGCGGCGCCCACCCAAAUCGCAGAUCAAAGCACCACGCCGGCCGGCCAGCCGGAGGGAUCCAUUGCUUCCGAGCAAUCGAGAGGCCCGGCGUCGCAGGUAAAUAGUUCAUACUUGUAUUCCUGGAUCUGAUGGUGUCGGUCUCUUGGAGACUCUAAUUCAGCAAGCAUUGAAUUGAAUCCGUGGAAGUGGAGAUGACUUCCCUGAAGAAAUCCGACAAGAAGGCUGUCCUUGACUUUGCAGCAUGGAGUUUCAAUGUUACUACAUCCGUUGGAAUCAUCAUGGUCAACAAAGCUUUAAUGGCUAAGCAUGGAUUCAGUUUCGCCACAACAUUAACCGGGCUUCAUUUUGUGGCAACCACCUUGAUGACAAUCGUAUUUCGGUGGUUAGGCCUGAGCCAGCCCUCCCAGUUACCACUAGCGGAUCUGAUUAAAUUUGUGAUAUUUUCAAACUUGUCAAUUGUUGGGAUGAACGUGAGCUUGAUGUGGAACUCUGUGGGCUUUUAUCAGAUAGCAAAGCUGUGCAUGAUACCUGCUUCAUGUCUUCUGGAGAUUGUCUUUGAUCAUGUACAUUAUUCCCGCGACACAAAGCUGAGCAUAAUGGUUGUGCUUAUAGGAGUUGCAGUCUGCACGGUUACUGAUGUCAGUGUGAAUGCAAGAGGUCUAAUUGCAUCUGUUAUAGCUGUUUGGAGCACAGCCUUGCAACAAUAUUAUGUUCAUUUUCUCCAAAGGAAGUACUCUCUGAACUCGUUCAACCUCCUGGGCCACACUGCUCCAGCCCAAGCAGGGUCCCUCCUGCUAGUGGGACCAUUUGUGGAUUACUUGUUGACAGGCAAAAGGGUGGAUCACUUCAAUUUCUCAUCUCUUGCUCUGUUUUUCCUCACACUCUCAUGCUUCAUCGCCAUUGGGGUUAAUCUGAGCCAAUUCAUCUGCAUCGGACGGUUCUCUGCUGUGUCGUUCCAAGUGCUGGGCCACAUGAAGACUGUGCUUGUUCUGUCCCUUGGGUUUGUCUUCUUUGGCAAGGAGGGCCUGAACCUUCAGGUAGUCCUCGGGAUGGUCCUCGCUGUUCUUGGAAUGAUCUGGUACGGUAACGCAUCGGCUAAACCAGGAGGCAAAGAAAGGCGCAGCAUCCUACCAGUGAAAUCUGGGAGUCUCAAGGGAAGUUCAGAAGAAAUGGAUGGUGCUGAAAAAUAGUCUUGUUACCAUACUCCAACUGAGAUGGUUACAGGGAAUUUUUAUGUGAGAUUAAAAUUCUGGUGAUGCGAGUAUCACAAAAAAUAGAAACUCUGGCAUUACAUAGUUACGUUUGCUGUAGAAGGUAUACUCUUCCUGUCUAGAAACUUAGGAUUGUUAUAGUUCCAGGUAUACAGUAGUGACACUUUAAUUUCUGUCUCUGUGGAUCAUUGGUACGUCAGCGAGGGGAAUGCCACAUGUAUUACGAGGCUAGCUUGAAGAAAGUUUUACCCAAUAUAGUGUUUUUUUUCUUUUUUUGGGAAAUAACAUAGCCUUCUGUA